AUGGUUUGGCAACCUUUUAAGUAGUGUCAAAUUACUCUUGCCAAGUAUGUUGUUAAAUCACUCUAUCUUCCCAAAUAUCUAUUAAAAUAUACAUUUCUUAUAUAAAUGUGUAUGGAAUCAUUCUUAGUUCGACAUUUCUUUGAAAAAGCAAAUGAAAUUAGUCAAGCAUCAUUUUCGAAACCAUAAACUUAAAAUACAGAAAAUAAAAUUUUAAUUAAUCAAACUACCUAUUAUGCUUGCUAAAUUCAAUUGAAAACUAAUUUUUUUAAUUUUCUAACUACACUCUUCAUAUCCACUUUUUUUACAUUUUUGAGAGAUUUUUCUUAUGAAAAAUAUUGUGCACACUUUUAGGAUUGUUACCUCUACAACAAUUUGAUUUAUGAUGUUGUUACAUUAGUGUACAAUUAUGGUUGUUAACAAUCACCUCUACAAAAAGGUAUGCCAAGAAUAAUGAGAUGAACUAUGGGUAUAUUUAUUUUUUCCUGCUCAAUUGAGUACUUCUGACCACCAUUUAUCUCCUCAAAUAUGCCUAGAUUUAUUUGCUACUAUUUAAGUCUUUGAGAAUAGAGAAGAGCAAAAACACAAAAUAAAGGGAAAAUUAUAUAUUGAACUUCCUGUAUAACAUAAAAGGCUAUCAAUCAUAUUUCCAUCCAAACAUUAUGUCAUUUUAAAGUUAAUAUAUUAUAUAUUUUCUCAUCCCUUUUUGGGGUUGAAUUGGCACUACUUUCUUAAUGUAAAAAGAAUUGAUGCUGGCAUUGAGAGCAUCAAAAAAUGUGUUGACAAAGGAUGAUAUGAUAAUCUAUUGCUGAUCCCUUUUUAUUCUUAAAGUGUGAAUUUUCAUAUAUGAAAUCAGGUAAUUAAAUUACACAAAAAUCCUUUUAGGAAAAAUGGUCCAUAUGCAUAACCCAUAUAACUAAACUGAUUUUGUUCUCUCAUUUCAGCCACUCUCAUUUGAAAGAUAAUUCAAAGAGGAAUAUUAUUCAAGAAACAGCUUAUCAAAAUUUGAUGGUUUCAACUUGUUACUAAUUUUAAAAAAUUAAAAAAUGCAUCUUAUGCUUAAAUUUUGGAUGCAGCUGUGGCCAACAAGGACUGCUAAUCAAGUCAUUUGUGGUGACCAUUAUGACCCAACAAGCUAGGACAAAAAAUGAGACAUUCUUUCCAAAAUAGGUGAUGUGUACUUGUCGUUGUCUUUAAAUGCACAUUACCUAAUAAUAUUUAUAAUUAAGACUUAAUUAAAUAUGAGUAUAAAGUUAUUAUAUAAAGUUAAUUCGUCGUGAAAACUAAUUUAGUUUAUAUAUAAAGUUAUUUUAAUAUUUUAUCACUAUUUAAUGAAAAUAAUGAAAUAGAAGGAUGAGGUGAGAAGAAUAAAGGAAGAGGAGUGAAGAAAGGAAAGAGGAAAAGAGAGAGAGAGAGAGCUCUCACAAAAGAAAGAGAGAAAAGAUCUCUCACGAAAGAGAGAGAAAGGGAGAGAAUGAGAGAAAUCUAACAUGA